CAUAAUCAAAGAAUUGAGAGAUUAUGUGUCAUUUUUCCAUCAACGAUAAAAAGGCUUUGGUUUUGAGAAGAAGAAUUCAUUCAAUGACUAGUGAAGUUUGAUUCGAUGGCUUUGAGAAGACUAGGAGUCAAGAGGAUUGAAGGAGGGUUGGGAAUGAGAAUUCGGAAGCGUAGAGCUGGGGGAACGACGUGACAAAGUUGAAAGUGAGAACGAAAUUCGUGAAGUAAGAAGUCGAUGGGAGGAGAGGGUAUACGAGUAUUGGAGUGAUGGUCGGGUUCGAGACGGAUAUUAGACUAUCCGUACUUGUCUGUGCCCGAUAACUACACAUUUGGGUUUUAUCCGUACCCGCCGGAAUCGGGUGGAUACCCGAUUCAGUGGGUUUUUCUGCCAACCCUGAUUCUUCUGACUACACACUUCACCACUAUCCAUUGAAUCUGCAUACAUGUUUUUGUUUGAACACAAAUUCGACUUCUUAAAGUUCGAGCCUUUGGUAGCUAAGGUAUCACUCAUCACAUUGCAAUUUCAUUUUUGUGUGGAAUCAUGCAUGCCAAAGGUAUAUAUAUAUAUAUAUGUAUAUGAUGGAUCAUGGAUCGCUUGGUGUAUGUGUAUGAUGCAACCACCACAUCCUUCUGACAAUCAGGCCUUAGCACGAGAAUGCAGAGAGGUGAGAACAGACAGAGACAAGCGGGAAGACUAAGGAUUUCAUGGCAGCAGCUACAGUUUUUUCUUGGCUUCUGUAAAGGAGAAAUAAUAAUGAACAAAGGGACAAGAAAAGUAGGCAUUAGGGAAAGGGAGGUAGAACUGGGUGGGAAAGAUUGAAAAUUUCAAGUUUAGACUUUGGACUGGCCAAAAGGCCAACUUGGAUUAGUCAUCCUCUGAUAAGUGAUAAUGUAAUGUUAGUAUUUUAUUGCCAGAUCAGGGCAUCGCAAAGCCACAGACUUUCCCAUUUUACUGCACCCAAAGGCAAAGGCGGUCAGGCUCGCUGUGCACACACUCCCCCUUUCGGCCGCCGCCAUUCAUUUUUCUCAGCAACCAAACUUCUCUAAACCUCUUCGCUUUUACAGUCUCUGGGAAAAAGCUUCAAUCUUUCCGUUCGGCGGAGCGCCCCCAAGCCAUGGCUUCUUCCACCAUCGCCUCUCCUUCCGCGUCCUUCAUUCCCACCAAGAAGGAAUUGGGUCGCUCGGCUUUCUCCCCAGCAUCGUCCCCUUUCUCGGUUCCCAAAUGCAGGAAAUCGAUCUCGAAGAAAAUUGUUUCCGUCAUGGCGCCACAGCAGUCGGAACGCAAGCCGGCAGCUACUGGCUCGGUGAAGACUGCGAUGACAAUGACUGAGAAAAUAUUGGCUAGGGCUUCUGAGAAGACCCAUUUGAGUCCCGGUGAAAAUGUUUGGGUAGACGUUGAUAUCUUGAUGACCCAUGAUGUUUGUGGCCCUGGUUCUAUUGGUAUCUUCAAGAAAGAGUUUGGGCAGAAUGCCAAGGUUUGGGACCGUGAAAAGAUCGUGAUCAUUCCGGAUCAUUAUAUAUUUACCAACGACGAACGUGCAAAUAGGAAUGUGGAUAUCUUGAGGGACUUCUGCGCAGAGCAAAACAUCAAGUACUUCUAUGACAUUCAGGACCGUGGUAAUUUUAAGGCUAAUCCUGAUUACAAAGGGGUCUGCCAUAUUGCACUUGCACAAGAGGGUCACUGCAGACCUGGCGAGGUCUUGUUAGGUACAGACUCACACACCUGUACUGCCGGGGCAUUCGGGCAAUUUGCCACUGGAAUUGGCAACACUGAUGCUGGUUUUGUGAUGGGUGCUGGGAAGCUCUUGCUUAAGGUGCCUCCAACUUUGAGAUUCGUCAUGGACGGUGAAAUGCCUGACUAUAUUCUUGCUAAGGAUUUGAUUUUGCAAAUCAUUGGUGAAAUAUCUGUGGCUGGUGCAACAUACAAAUCGAUGGAGUUUGUUGGCUCAACUGUUGAGAGUUUAAAUAUGGAAGAGCGUAUGACAUUAUGUAACAUGGUUGUUGAAGCUGGAGGAAAGAAUGGUGUUGUUCCUGCUGAUAGUACUACUUUCAAGUAUCUUGAGGACAAGACAUCUCUUCCCUAUGAGCCAGUUUACAGUGACCAGCAAGCAAGAUUUCUUUCAGAGUAUAGAUUUGACAUCUCAAAGUUGGAGCCAAUAGUUGCCAAGCCCCAUUCUCCUGAUAACCGAGCUUUAGCAAGGGAGUGCAAAGAUGUCAAGAUUGACAGAGUAUAUAUCGGGUCCUGUACGGGAGGAAAGACUGAGGAUUUCAUGGCUGCAGCCAAACUUUUUGUAGCUUCAGGAUAUAAGAAGGUCAAAGUACCCACUUUCCUUGUCCCUGCUACUCAAAAGGUAUGGAUGGAUGUCUACAGUCUUCCUGUGCCAGGUUCCGGUGGCAAGACUUGCUCUCAGAUCUUUGAGGAAGUUGGAUGCGACACGCCUGCAAGUCCCAGCUGUGGCGCUUGCUUGGGAGGCCCUAAAGAUACUUAUGCACGCAUGAACGAGCCUAAGGUAUGUGUCUCGACAACAAACAGGAACUUCCCUGGAAGGAUGGGACACAAAGAAGGCGAGAUAUACCUAGCCUCUCCUUAUACAGCAGCAGCUUCUGCUUUGACUGGAUAUGUUACUGAUCCAAGGGACUUCUUGCAGUAAGAUGACAGUUUUAAUCUGUUUUGGAACUCUUUUCUUAAUUGAGUGCUGUAACUUAAAUUUCAAAACUUGGAGAUGGUAUUUUCAGUAUAAUGUUGUACUAGAGUUUGAUUAGCCGAUGGAUUUUGAGAAGUGGGUGGAUUUGGAAACAAGAUUAGAUUUUGGAAUAUACAGUUUGGUUAUAGAUUUUUGUUAUGGAUUCUUCCCCAGCAGUACUGCUUCUUUUUUCGGUCCUACGAUAUGCUCUUCAUGUUGUCCCUGAUCUCCCUUUAACGUCCAUGAACGCAACGGCAUGUUCAUUGAAAGAAAGAAAUCCAUAGUAGCCCCUGGUACUGUACACACAGACACCUUUUACUGUCCAUUGUGACUGAGAUCUACUGUUUCAAAUUGGCGUGUCCUUCGGUGUGGGCUGGAGUUGGGUGAGGUCUAUUUGACUUCUGACGGGAGUUUGGCAGCUUGGUUGGGGUGGGACUGGUCGUUGGCUUCUGGUUGGCCUUCUUUGGGGUCGUUUGGUGGCUCCGACGCGCGUUGGUCAUCAGAGAUCGCUGUGUGGUCUGUUGGAUCGUUUGGGAUUCUGACGCGCGUGGAGCACUCACUGUGACUGGAGCCUGCACAGGUGUGCGAUUCGAUGUGUCUUGGGGCUGGGAUUGGUUCUCAAGAUCGAUACAAGAGAGGCUUGGGGUUGCCAGAGGCAGAGAGAGCUGUUAGAUAUAGAGAGGCUUUGGGAUGUGAUGUUUUUCACGUUGUUUAAGGCCAGGGAUAUUUUGCUUUUUCUUAAGCUUUGAUGGUACUUGACGUAAGGGAGAGCCUCGCAGGGGGGUGGGGUUCCAUCAGCGGGAUGCAUCUCUGCACAGUGUACUUUGCUUUUGGUUUACUUGGUGGGUUAGAGACCACGUAGGUCUUCAAUUUUGCCCCAUUCAUUUUACCUAACCCGCGCAAUUCUCUAUGCCUGCUUUUUUUGCUUGGUUUCCAUCGCCAGAGAAGUAAUCUGAUGGUUGGAGUCAGGAGUGUUUUUGGUCGCCUCUCUUCCUCUUUUGCUCUCAUACCACUCUCUCUUAAUCUUUCCUCCUCACACAUCUUUCGCUGCAUACCUUUCUCAAAUCGUCUUUGUUGAUUCUACUCUUCUGGUCAUUUUUGAGUUGUUGCGGGGUGAAAGCGAUCAUUCCCGGGUUUGAGAGGUCCAGGCAGGUGUUUUUGGUCGCCUCUCUUCCUCUUUUGCUCUCAUACCACUCUCUCUUAAUCUUUCCUCCUCACACAUCUUUCGUUGCAUACCUUUCUCUAAUCUUCUUUGUUGAUUCUACUCUUCUGGUCAUUUUUGAGUUGUUGCGGGAUGAAAGCGAUCAUUCCCGGGUUUGAGAGGUCCAGCCAGGUUUCGGCGGAAAACUAAAUCGACAGGUCUGCUUGAUAUCGUGUGAUUCUUUUCCAUCUGUCUCUCUUUGUAGCACAAUUUUACCCUCUUUUAAUAGAUUGGUUGUUCGUUCUCUUUUAGGAGGAGGAACUGGUGAUGGCUAAGGUCUCAGAGAUGCCGGCAUCUAUAGUGGUCGUCGAGGGAACAAGGAUUUGCCAAUAUUCCUUCAACAGGAAUCUGAACGACUUCAUCGUGCGCUAUCGUCGUCACCAUCUCCUCCAUAACGACUGCUAUCUCUCUGCAACUCUUACUUCGAGAAUAUGUCUGUUGUUCCUUUAUCUCUUCUUUGAGAGCCAAUUCCAGAUUCUUUGUUUUCAUAUAGUAGGUGGAGGAGAUCUUGGGAGGUGAGCGGAUCUCGAAUUGAUAAAGUUGCUGAAUUAAGAGGUUGGUAGAGGACUCGAAGAAACCCAGAUCCACAGACUGUAUUUUUGUUUCAGGUGACUGUUCCUUCUUUUCCUAUCGAAUGGUUGUAGUUCGUCUCUUUACUUGGUCUAAUCCCUUCAUUUUUUUUUAUUUCUCACAUGGGUUUGUUUUAUCACUUCACAGAAGACUGUGUUGGAAGAGAAUUCAGUGCGUAAAAACUCGAAGUCUCCUGGUGGGUAAGAAUAGCAGAUCAGGACUAUUAUAUACUAGUCACGUGCCCGGCCCGUUGGCCGGAUUCGUUUAUAAAUCAUAUCAGGCUGUGGUCGAAUGAAUUUUUUAAACUAUGAACUCUCCCGUAGAUUUGUCCCGAUCGUAAAAUUUGAGGAUUUAGGACAAUGAGAGACGAAUUUAUCCUUAUUGUAAGGAAUCACACUUUCAUAUUUCAUAUGGAUUUUACCUCUUCCGCGACCAAGUGGGGAAGUAACAAAUCAUUCUUGUCUCCUAUCUCAAAAUUAAAAAAAAAAGAAGAAAUAAAUUCGAAAAUGUAAAAGAGAACAGAACUUCAAGAGGCUUCUCCACCACACAGUUUACCCAGUUCAAGAACUUUGAGCUGAAACUCCAUUGUGCUGUGCAGACUGCAGAGGAAGUGCACGACUAUGCAGUCCAAAAAAAAGGCAAUGUUUGAAGUCCCUACUUGAACCAAUCAUUGCAUCGAAAAAGACUUUUACCGCAGUCAAUUUACAUAGUAUUUUGGAUGCACGGGGAACGGGCGGACGUUGAAGGGUAGGGAUUUGAGCGAGGUCAGGAACUCCAUUCUUCGGAUGACUGGUUUUCUCGAAACUUAAAAACUACUUGGUUGGAAGAAGAUGGGAGGAUGUUGGAUCACUUCCCCAGCCCGGCCCGGCCCAGCCUAAAAUUUUCUUUGUAGGUGAUUGUUGGCCCAAAUUUCACUCUCGGCGUGAAACUGUGGACUGGUAAUUACAAAUAUUCAAUACCCAGGGGGGAAAAGGGGUAAAUUAUUAUGAACAAUAUUCAGAUUGCCAGGCUGUUUAUUGGAAUAUAUUGUUCGUGGUGUUUGUCAAAAAUGACAAACCAAAAGUGAUCGGUUUUCGGGUUGGAAGGACCUAUUCGAACUGAAGAAACGUCGGAGCAGGAAGCAAAAAGAGAAUAAAAUAGUUCAACCGACAUCCUCUUUAAUUAUAAAUAUAAGAAGAGAAUAAAAUAGUUUAACCGAC